AUGGAUCUUCUUAGGGCAGUGAUUGUUGGACCUCAGGGCACUCCUUAUCAUGAUGGUCUUUUCAUUUUUGAUGUCCUGCUUCCUUCCACAUACCCAAAUACACCACCAGUGGUUUACUAUUAUUCCGGUGGCCUGAGACUGAAUCCUAAUCUAUACGAGUGUGGUAAAGUCUGCCUCAGCUUUUUGAACACUUGGACUGGUAAGGAUACUGAAAAGUGGCAGCCGAAUACAUCAACCAUACUGCAAGUGUUGGUUUCUAUACAAGGGUUAAUUCUGAAUGAAAAUCCUUCUCAACACCUCAUUAGCUUGGAGUCUGAGUGGAGUGAUCACAAGUACCAUCUGAUUUCCAUUGUUAAGCUUGAGGUAAUGGAUUAUGUUGAUUCUUAUUUAGUUCCUAAUGACACACCUAAGAGUAAUCUACUAUCUCUUGAAGAAAUUAAUGUUAGAAUUACGGCUAAAAAUAUGGGUAUGCAUGUGGUGAUGAACUAUGAUGAAAGUGUUGGGGUGGAAUAUGUGAUUUUAGGUGGGAAAUUUUCAGGACUGAAUAUUGAAUAUGCAUCUAAUGAUGGAAUAGUUUUAACUACCUUGAGAGGAGUGUACCACUCUCGGAGCUACAUAUCUGCAAUUCUUUGUUGCUGUGAGAAGCUGGGCUGGGCAGCAAAUCAGAGGAAUACACUCAUGGUGGCUGAGAUAUGGUUAUGGAUGGGCUUGAAUCAGCAGAAUAAUAAUGCAAGAAUUCCCCAAAGUCUGAGUUGGUGCUACUGUGUAGAUUCGAGGGUUAUUCAAGCUGGCCAAAUGUGUGCUGGAUCUGUUGAAAUGGAAUUAAGUCCCAAAGCUGAGCGGAGUGGUCCCUUCCGAAUCUUCCACAGUUCCAUCAGGCAUUUGAAUGAUCUUAUCCCUAAUAAGAGGGGGUGCGAAGCUGUUACUAAUACUAGCUGUCAUGAACUGAAGAAUGGGAUCAAUUGCAUUAAUUCACAUAGAAGACAAAUGCUCUGCCCACAUAUUCCUCAUGGAGAAUGCUAG